AUGAUGUUCUUCAACUUUUAGCGAUUCUUCGCUGGUUUUAGUUCGAUGCUAGACCCUCUAUUGGCCCAAGACAACUGUACCUUGGAGUCUAUUCUUGACGAUGACACUCUACAAGAAAUCAAAAUGAAUGGUGCAACAAAAUUUGGAAAUUUGUAAGCAUUUUAGAUUUAUUAGAGUGUGACAAAGAAUAUAGAAACAUUUAGUAAGAUGGUGGGAUACUUGUGUGUGAAUGAGGAUGAGGAAUAUAACGAGAAGACUUAGAUUAGAUACCCCUUCAUGAUUAGUGAGGCGAUAGGGAAUGAGAACGUUCCAAUCAUAGAUUAUCUAUUCGAAGCAGAUAAAUCGAGCCAAAAUUAUGAGCAGAAUGAAGCAAUUAGACAGGAAUUCCUUCCCAAGAUUUUCGAUAUCUUAGAUAGGGAUUACUUGAAUGUGACUCUCGCCAGUUAUUUAUCCAAAGUGGUGUGUGCAAUCAUCAGAAGAAGAGGUUUUGACUUGUGGAGAUUCCUUUCUCAGCCAGAACAUAAAUCAAUUUUAAGUAAUUUAAUUAAGAACUUGGACGUAUUCCAUGUCGCCGAAAUCAUCGAAAAGUUGAUCUUACUCGACACCAAUCAGGAACAAUAAGACAAUCAAUCUGUCUUCUUGGAGGAGAGAAGCGAUCUUCUACGUCGAGUGAUUCGAGUCUUCGAAUACAAAACUCAUCAAAAUGACAUCACUGAUAAUUGCAGUCAUAUAAUCAUUGAAAUCCUCAACAAGACAGAACUGUUCCUUUCAGUCCUCAACAUCCCUGAUAAAUUCUUCGCCAUUGCUUUAAAUUCCAGCUCAGCAGCUGUAGUUUCUGUGUUAAUCACUCUACUUGAAGCCACUCAUCGAUACAUACAACAGCAACAAGAGAAGAACCCCUCUUAUCACUUUAGUUAUAACUAAUACUACCCCAUAGCCUAAGAGUUCAAGAAUGCCUUGUUGGCUGAAAAGAUAUCAAUUAGCGCUUUCAAUACAACUUAUGGAAUAUCAUAAUAGCCAUUUAGUUAGAUGAAAUUGAAAUUGCUACAAUUGUAUCUAACCAUCUUAAGGUUUAAUGAUAUCGACUUGAUCAAUUAAUUUGAUCAUAAAGGAAUUUAUGCAUCACUUAUGAAGUUCAUCAUUGAAUACGAAUUCAACAAUCAAUUGCAAAAUUACUUCUAUGAAAUUACAGUCUUCAUUUUUGAUAGGCCCCAAUUCGAGGAUAUUCAAAAUGAAUUCUUAUCCUUAGAUCUUGCAACUUUCAUUAUGAAAUACAAUAGAUACGAAAAAGAAAUAGUAGGAGCCUUGAAUUCUCAAAUCAGAAGAGGUUAUGUGGGUAUUUUAAGUAAAUUGGCCUAUUAUUUCACUAACAAAUUUGAGAAGAAUUAAGAAUGGAAUCAAUAUGUUGAGGAAGUGCUUGAAUCUGUUAGAAAUAUCGAAAAUCAAUAUAUGUUGGGAGUGAAUCCAAGACCUAAGAUUCCUAUUGACACAAAUGAUGAGGGCAUGAAUGAAAUGUUUAGAAACUUUUAAAAGAACAAAAUAUCAUAAAGCAUUCAACAACAAUCAAUUCAAUAAUAAGAUCAAUAGACAACAGUGGAAGUGGAAUAAGAAACAGAAGAAUAGCAAAACGAUGAUGAUCAAGAUGAAAACGAUUAGGACAUCUAAAGAGAAGAUGAUUAAAUAGAAUCUGUCAACUCAAAGAAACCAGAGAUGUUGAUUGAUGUCGAGGAAAUUGAGAAAGUUAUUAAUAGUCCAGAAACCAGUCCUAAAGUUGUUGAAUAAAUUAUCUAAUUCUAAGAACAAAACUUAAAGACAUCUCCUUAAGCGAGUGAAAUCAUGACUGAUCAAACUGUCAAUAAAUAUUGGAAGGCUCAUGAAGGUUUAGAACAUCAAGAACCUGGUAGAAAGGGUUCAUAGGAUGAUAUUCACAAGCAUUAAUCUGAUCACGAUUAAUUGAAACAUGAAGAAACCCACAAAGACACUCAAGAACAUCAUGAAGUAGAACAGUAAAUUCAACCUUAAGAGAAUAUGUAAAUUGAAGUUCAAGAAAUUAAGGUGGAAACAAUUAAUUCACCAGAAGAAAAAUAAUAAUAAUAGCAAUUGGAAGAAGAAUAAUAAGAAUAAGAAAAUAAGUAAUAAGAAGUCUAGGAUGAAUUAAUCAGUUGA